GCAAGCGGUGGUUGUGUUUGAGUUAUCGAACUGCGACUCGAUUAACGCGUAAAGUGCGCGUGAAGGUGGGAUUUUAACGACCAAUCUGUGUGUGCUCUGUGGAUUAUGUUCCAAAACGUGUUCCAUUUUUGCUCAUGGAUUAAUAACCGUUGUUUCAGCUUUGGAACUCUUGUUUUUCACUUUUGACGGAUAGUUUUGCAAAACCCUUACUCUGGAUGAGCCAGGUGGGCACCCGGAACCCUCCAGUUUCUUCGAAAUGAGCAGCACCAGUAAAGAAUCUUCAAACUGCUAAGUCAUUCUUCAGUAUUCUACUGCUAUGGAACCAUACAACGCCAAUCAACCCUUGUAUGCAAUUUACCGGAAUGGUACCACCAACACCUUCGAAGACAAACCCGAACAGAUCUAUUCCGAUCCUGAGAUCGUGAUGAAGAAUUCCAACAACGAGAAAUAUGCGGUCAAAUACAUCAUGGAAAAGUAUGACUCUCUACGGUGUCUAAAUAGCCAAAUCGAUAACAUGCAUAUAUCGUCUGAUUCGGGGGAUUCUGUCGCGAAGGACUCUUUGAGCGGCACUGCUGAGGAUCCUGCCGUCGAUUACGAUGACGAUGACUAUGUCCAAGAAGAUCAUGGUGAACUAUCUGAACAGGACAUUGUACAGGUGGAAGUGUUCUUCCGCAGUCAUAAGACAUACGUCUCGGUCUGCCACUGCCUAGCCAACCUGUAUUUCACCAUGGCAGACCAGAAAACCAAAGAGUGGGAGCUGGCUAGGACAGGAAUACCUGUCCUCCUCCUGGACAAAGGCGACACCAAGGCCAGGAACAAAAGAAUGCUCCAGAUAGUGCUGGCAGAGAAAGGAUCUGGUUUCGUCCUCUGGAAGGACAUUAUUGACAAUCUCUCGAACUAUAAAGCAGAAGAGAGUUGUACGUUCCACACAAUGUAUUUGUCGAGCGACCAUCGGAAAAUGGCUGGACUGAGCUUCGAUAUCCCAGAUGCUGCUGAGAAGUUUUUGCGGGAAAUCGAGCAGCUGACGUCAGAUCCUUUGAACAUAAGUCUUUCAGUUCCGAAGCAGAAGAAGAAGAAACAGAAAGCUCCGAAGAAAGAAAAGGUGAAACAACCCAGAAAAUGUGACAUAUCGACUCCGUGUUGUUUCCAGCAUGUGACCAAUGUGGCCUUAGAUGACAAAAAGAAACUUUUCUCAAUGGCGACUCUGCUGUCACCGGGCGAACGUGUCAACACGUGAAAGUGA